AUGUACAGCGAUGACUCAGCUGCAUCCGAAGUGGAAUCUGAUGUCGACGAAGUCUAUGGUAACGGUGGCAGUGACGGUGGCAGUGACGUUGGCAGUGACGGUGGCAGUGAACGUGUCAGCAAAAUUGCCGAUAGUGACGACCUCUUCAAUAAAGGUACCAUGCUGAAGCAGCAACGAAACGAAAACGGCAAAUUUGCGGCCUCGAAUUCCUUUGAAUAUGUUGAGAAUGACUACAGUGGUGACAGCUUUGAUGAUGACGUCGAAGAGUACAAAGAAGUGUGUUCCUAUCAACCAUCUGUAACUCAACCAACCUUAGUUCCGAAGGCACCAUCAUCACCGGCCCGGCCAGGUAAUAGCGAUUCUCGUCGCUUUGCAAUUUCGUCUACCGAGCCGUUAGGAGAUAAAUACGUACAUGGAAGAGCCUCGAUCGAGACAGACGAUCAGAACUCGCAAAAUCACCGCUUAUGCCGAGCACAGCCAUUCAAAAGCAACGAGCUAACAGGGACGCAUGCGGUGCUUGCUUUGGUUGCAAAAGAAGGAGCUGAAGGUAUCACUACGUUGCGAAGUGAGCUUUUUUCGCAGCUGUCGCGUAUGCCGGAAAGCAAGUUUGUUGAUGAGAUUGAUGAGUUACCAAAGGAAGACGUUGUUGUGCGCAAAGCACGCAUGAAGAAGAAGCGCCGACGUGCUACUGAAAGACGGCGUGAACACGAAAAAGCGAAAGAGCGUGUGCAGCAAGAACUCGCGACUGCUUUAUUAUCUAACGUCGAGCAUGAUCGUCGCAUCGAAGGGUUACAGAGAAGACUUAACGAAAUGCAAGUGUUGUAUGCUAAUGUAGAUCAGCAAAAGGAAAGGGCAGAAGAGCGCACUAUUUUUUUAGCAGAAAAGCUUCAGACAGCACUCGGAGAUCUUCACCAGCUCACAAGCAGCUUUGAAAAUGCAGUUAACGCUAAGUUGGCGUGUGACCAGCAUCUUGAGCAGCUCAAGGCGAUGCAUCGAAUAAAACUUGAAGUAAUAAAACACAAAUGCAAGAUUGAUACGGAGACAGCGCGUCAAGCACUGGUCGAGGAGGCUGAAGCUCGCAGAAUCGAGCGGCAAACCUUGCCGGAAUUUCAUCAGCGAGCGGUCGAAGCAGAGAAAGAGCGAUUUCAUAGGCUGGAGGCUAUAUUUAACAAACAGAUAAACGAACUGGAGUCUCGUGCAGCUCAAGAUAUCUUGAUACACACUGCAGAGCUCGCAAGGGCUAACGAAGCUAAACACCUGGCUGAACAGCGAGCAGAGCGCCGCAUACACGACGAAGUUGACCGGAUCGCACGCGAGCGUGAAGCCGUGGAUGAGCAACGACGCGAGCUACUUGCAUCAUUGGUCCGUACAAAUGCGCGCUUUGAUGAAGAACGUGGCAAAAUGGAGGCUCGAAGUUGCGAGUUAGACGCUCGACAGUCUAAGCUUGCAGAUGAAUGUGCUGAGCUCAAAUCUCGUACAAAGUACAUAGAACAACGCUCACGGCAUCUUGAGGAGAGCGAAGUGCUCGUUGAGAGACGCCGCACGGAGCUGGCCGCAGUCGGGCGAGAAACACUGGAGCGGUCGUACGCGCUGGCCAGGCGCGGUCAAGAAUUUGCAGAUGCUAUUGCGGAACGUGAUAAAUUACGCUGCGCCGUAAAAGAUUUGACAGCUCGUUUGGAACAGAGCGAGCUGCGCGCAAUGACGCUGGAGCAAAACCGCGAGAAAUUGGAGACGGCGGCUUAUGCACUUGAGCAGGAGCGGCUGAUCGUGGCACAACAACGUGUCCAGUCGCGCUACCUUCUAGAUAGCGCGCGCAAGUUGGAGAGCAUGUAUCAACAUAAGCACGUCGCUGUGGGCGGCAUGGGCAAGCGAUGUUUGGUGCCUUCAAAGGCGAACUUUAACCAGCAAGAGCACUAUCGCCAUUAUUGA